UGCAGUCUUUGCUCCUUUGCUGUGUUGCAUGUGUGUGCAUGUGUGUGGGUAUGUUGUGUUAUAUGCAGAUGUGUGUGUUUUCACCUGAGCUAAGGCAGGCACAGUUGUGUCUGUGUGUGCUAGUGUGCUCAUUUCUCUUAGUCUUCUUGACUAUUUCUGUAAUGACUUCUUUCUUGGGAUGUUUUCUAUGCAUACCUACAAGUGCAUGAAUGUGUUUGGUUCCUCGACCUUGCUGGGUCAGCAUUGUAGCAGGGUGGCCAGAUAUCCUUAAGUAAGCCCUCCACCCUCCCCAGCGAUGGGGCCUGUUGGGGAGCCUGUGGCUGAACCAUCCGCUAAACCAAACUGUCGUGGGCCCUCUCCAGCCGCCACAUGGCUCAACAUGUGUCUGUGGGCCCGGAUCUCACCCACCCCCACUCCCGACUCACUCACAGCGUGCAGUUGAGCGUAGAGUUGCGCAGGCCAAGGCUCCGCCCCUCCCUUUGUUUAAACGUCGGAAUUUCCAGCGGGCUCCUGCCAAAUGCCACCCCCAGCUGUGGGCGGCGGCGUUGGGAGAGCCCGCCCAAGUCUCUGGCACCCUUAACUAGCUCUGCCGGUGCCGGGCCGCUCUCCGCCAGACGCUCUGCUCGUCGCGCCAUGUGUCGCUCUCGCAGCUCCCUGCCCACCAUGACCGUCCUGCGGGCCCCGACCCCGGUCCCCUCCACCAGCCCGGGACCCCGGCGGGGCUCCGGUCCUGAGAUCUUCACCUUCGACCCUCUCCCGGAACCCGCAGCGGCCCCCGCCGCGCGCCCCAGCGCCUCUCGCGGGCACCGGAAACGCAGCCGUAGGGUCCUCUACCCUCGAGUGGUUCGGCGACAGGUGCCAGUCGAGGAACCGAACCCUGCCAGAAGGCUCCUCUUCCUGCUGCUCGCCAUCAUCUUCUGCCAGAUCCUGACGGCUGAAGAAGGUGUGCCGGCGUCCCUGGCCCCGGAGGACGCCCCCAGCGCCGCGUCUCCGACGCCCGCAUCUGCGCCCCCGGUCCUUGAGCCCCUUAACCUGACCUCAGAGCCUUCGGACUACGCCCUGGACCUCAGCACUUUUCUCCAUCAACACCCGGCCGCCUUCUAACCCUGACUCCGCACAACCCCAGAAGAAUCCGAAAAACCAAAGAAUCACCAGGCGUACCUGGUGCGCGACAGCGUAUCCCAAACUGGGACUUCAGAGGCAACUCAAACUCAGGACACUACAGUGGAGACGCCAGCCGGUGCCUGGAGCGAGACCGCGGCUCGCCGUGACGGGCGCAGACCCGGCGCAGCGAAGGCCGAGUGGGAAGGAGGGCGUCGUUAAUUUAUUUCUCAUUGCUCCUAAUUAAUAUUUAUAUGUAUUUAUGUCUGUCCUCCUGGGUGAUGGAGGAUGUACGUAAUAUUUAUUUUAACUUAUGCAAGGGUGCGAGAUGUUCCCCCUGCUGUAACUGCAAAUCUCUCGGUAUUGACUGAGCUCUCGCGGAUUGGUGGAGGCGGAGCGCCUGCAAUUGAGGCUGCGCGGGAGGGGAACGGGGGGUAGGGGAGGACGCCUGGGCUGGGAGUCCAGGCUGGUGGCGGGUCGUAGUUUAGGGGCCUCCAGCAGCUCAGCUCCGUGGGUCUACCGUGUGAGGCUUCUGCGACACGUGGGAGUACGGCCUUGGCCUUCGACCUCCUCAAAGUCGCCCCUAAGGGACGGCUGCCGGGUUGGGGGUUGGUGGGCUGUCACGGGGCGGCUGCGUGGGUCCCCCAGUAUGUUCUGUGAACACAAAUAAACUCGAUUUACUGUCAGCA